GAAUCCUUGCUAACAAAAGCUCAUUAUUGCUUGCCCGGAUCAGUUUUUGAAGAAUGAAAUAUCAUUGCGAAGAAUUUCUCUCCACACCGUUUCUGUUAAGUUUGCUGUCCAUCAUGAUGCACCGUUAUCUUUUGUUCCUGGCCUUAGCUGCAUAUUUGAUCCAGACCCAUGGAGCAUUAGAAGAUCACGGAGGAUGGCAUGGAGAAUACACUUCCCACAUUGAUCAUCACCAUCACGGUGGUGAACAGCAUUCGCAUGGUGGACAGCACCACUACCACAGUGGGGAGCCUCACUUUCAUAGUGGAGAAUAUCAUUCCCACAGUGGAGAGUCGUAUUCCCAUAGUGGCGAACAGCAUUCCCACAGCGAUGAACAACAUUCCCACAACAACCAACAGCAUUCUCACAGCGGCGAACAGCAUUCCCACAGCGACGAACAGCAUACUCACAGCGGUGAACAGCAUUACCACGAGUCUCAUUCUCACAGUGGUACUGGGAAUGCUGCAGCUGCUCAUGCUCAGGGCGGUGAUCAUCAUCAUCAUCAUGAUCACAAAGAUUCUGAUGAAAACGGCGAGCAUCAACAAUUCUCACAACCGUUAGCAGAACCGGUGACUGAACCAGCGAUAGUAGCAACUCGGCACCAGUCACACCACAAUCAUCAUAGCCACAAUCAAUCCAGAAGCAGAAGUUCUACUCGUGACCCCUUACAGAUGAGGAAUGAUGAUCACCACCAUCGUCACCAUCAUCACGAGGUGCAUACUAAGAACCAAACGACUGCCCCAACCCCUAAAAGUACUAUGUCGAAGUAUGUUCCUGUUUCUUUUUUCUUAUUGCCUAAAAUA